AAGAUUUGGUGUUUAUAGAGGAGGCAACAUCAUCUAAUGUUAUACAUCACCCUCAGGAGGCACUUGAGACCCAGUGCCCAAUAUGCACAGGAACCUUUCCAGUUUCUGACUUAGAAUUGCAUGCCAGCUUUUGUGGAGAAAGUCCAGAUGGAGUGCCAGAAAAAAUACCCUGCUCUGAUUUGGAUCAUAUCUCAUGUGAGGAGGAUGUGAUUCGUCAUGCAGCAGCACAGAUAAAUACAACAAAGACCUUUGAAAUCUGUGUGUCACGAGACAACAUGGUUGAGAGAGGUCUGAAGCUGUGGAAACGUCAAAAAACAGGAAGCCCUGUCAAUCCCUUGAAAAUCAUCUUCCUGGGAGAGCCAGGAGUUGACACAGGGGCACUGAGGAAAGAGUUUCUGUCCACUAUGGUUGCUGGCAUUGAAAAACGUCUCUUUGAAGGUGAUGCGAAGAAAGGAAAAACACCGAAGUACUCCCUCAAUGAUCUGGAUAAUGAGCUGUUCAAAGUUGCAGGUGAAAUAUUCGCUGUGAGCAUUGCGCAAGGAGGACCGCCACCACGGUUUAUGCAAGAAUGGUGUUACGAAUACCUUGUUACUGGUAACAUCAAAAGGGAUGGUGUAUAUGACACAGAGAUAUCACCACUAAUCAAAAUGAUUGAAGAUGCAUCUGACCUGUCCAACUACACAAAAGAUAUCCUGGACUGUGGCUACACUGGACUGAUAGACACUGACCACAAGGAAAGCAUAUUAAGAGCUCUUUCUCUACAUAUUACAACAAAACGCAUCCCAAUGCUGCAACAACUGCGUGAGGGCCUUGAGAUAUACGAUCUCAUCAAAGUCAUGCAGAAAAAGCCACAGGAGUGUCAUGAUCUCUUCGUCAUAGGAUAUAAUGACAAAGUUGACUCCCAUUACAUUUUAUCCCACCUGGCCCCAGAGAUGAGCCCAACUGGUUCGAUUAAACAAGUGAAAGAGUCCAAAAUCAUGGAAUUCUUUCAAGAUUUCCUACUUGAACUUGAAGACACUCAACCAGAAGAUGCGACAGCUGGAGAAACCUUGUCUGUACCAAAUAUAAUGCAGUGGAUGACUGGGCAAGCUCACAGGCAUCUGCUUGUAUCAGAAAGGGAAAAUUUUAAAAUUGUGUUUAAAUUUGACCAUUGCUGUCUACAGCACAUGCCAAACCACACUGUGUGUUACCCAAUUGUCAGUGCUUGCACUAAUACCGUAACAUUUCCCGUAGUCCAUAUGGUAGAUUACGAGUCUUUCAAAGCAAUCUUGCAAACUGCUGUUACAUAUGGGGCAAGCUUUGACAGGGUGUAGAAAAUUUUCUGAAAUUGUUGUAAAACUUUGUAUUUGGUGUACAUUUCUUAAAAAUGAA